UGACUUGGUUCGUUUCUGAUUGGCUGGGUCCCUGUACUUAGCGCUCUGGAGGGCGAUCGCGGUCCAAGAAACGGCCGGGGCGCGUCCCUGUCGGUCGCGUCUCCCCGCUGCCCACCCGCGCGUAUCCUCUCCGGCAGCUUUCAUGACGACUGUUAUCGCGAUUAAACGCAAUUUCUCCGACAUGUUCAGCCGUCCGGAUUCGGCGAAGGCCACAUUUGUCUCCAAUGUACAGCGACGAUGGUGAUGAUGAUGGAUUUGGCGGAUUUGCGGGAAUUGAUGACGAAGAUCUUUUAAACGCUGCAACCCAAUAUGAUCAUUCGACAACUCGGACCACUGCGAGGCAAAAAGGAGGACAGACGGGCCGUGUCCAUCAAUCAAGCACUACUCCGAUUAUAGCUGCAGCACAAUCGCGCCCCGCUCUCCCAACUUCCCUCUACGUUCGAGCAGCCGAAUCGAAACGACAAAGGCUGAAUGUCGUGGAGAAAACCGGUUGUGAAGCCUCUGCAGGAGCGCCUUUAGCCCAUCGUGGUGAUGAUCAUGCUAGUCUUUCAGCACACCCCGCGGCAUAUUUGACAACAGAUGAUUACGGAUCGGACGAGCUAGAUGAAGCUGAUGAUACACGGCUUGAUCCUCCGUCCUCUGCCACAAAAGCAGGAAGAACCCCAUCCAUAUUCCUUUCCUCCCAAUCAUCAGCGCGCACACCCACUCAUCGAACAAUAACUUUGGGCCCACAGACAAAUCUUCGCCAGACAACGUUGUGGGGCGGAGCAUUGCAGACAAAUGUUCAGAAUUCCCAAGGUGCAGCGCCUCGUCGGGCCUGGCCACUGGCCAACCAAGACGAGCUCCCUACACAUCACAAACUAGAUCCAGAAGCGCUGAAGACAUGGGUGUAUCCGACGAAUCUUGGCACGAUUCGAGACUAUCAGUUUAACAUCACUCAAAGAGGACUUUAUCACAACCUUCUGGUCGCAUUGCCCACUGGGCUCGGGAAAACGUUCAUCGCAGCAACAAUCAUGCUCAAUUGGUUUCGCUGGGCCCCCGAGUCUCAAAUCGUCUUUGUUGCCCCAACCAAACCAUUGGUCACGCAACAGGUUGAGGCCUGUUUUGGCAUUGCGGGUAUACCAAAAUCCCAGACCACAUUGCUUACUGGCAGCACACCUCCAGGUGUCAGGGCAGAGGAGUGGUUAAAAAAACGCGUGUUCUUUAUGACACCGCAGACAAUCAUCAAUGACUUGAAAUCAGGGACAUGUGACCCAAAGAAAAUCGUCUUAGUGGUCGUCGACGAAGCCCACCGCGCAACAGGGAAUUAUGCAUACGUAGAGGUCGUGAACUUCUUACGACGCUUUAAUCCUAGUUUUCGUGUCUUGGCUCUGACCGCGACUCCCGGUGCAACUGUCGAUGCCGUUCAGCAGGUUAUUGAUGGUUUGGGCAUAGCCCGUGUAGAAAUCCGCACAGAAGAGUCACUUGAUAUUCGCCAAUAUGUUCACAGUCGAAAUAUUGAGACCUUUAUAUUUGAUCCCUCCGAGGAGAUGACCAUGGUGAUGGAUCUCUUUUCCAAGGCAUUGCAGCCUGUGUUGGACAAGCUCAACCAACAGAACGCCUAUUGGAGCAAAGAUCCUAUGAAUCUGACACCAUACGGCUUGACGCAAGCGAGGCAAAAAUGGAUGCUCUCAGAUGCGGGGAGAAGCGCGCCCAUGGGUCUGAAAGGAAUGAUGUUUUCCAUCUUCUCGAUUCUUGCUACCCUUGCUCAUGCUAUUGACCUGCUCAAAUUUCACGGUAUUGGUCCCUUUUACCACAACCUCGUCGGGUUCAAAAACGACACAGGCGCUGGGGAAAAGGGUAGUAAAUACCGGAAACAGAUCAUCGAGAGCACGCAUUUUCAGCAAAUGAUGAAUAGGGUACAUUCGUGGGUUGGGAACGAAAAUUUUGUUGGUCACCCGAAGCUCGAAUAUUUGCAGUCGGUAGUCUUGAAUCAUUUCUUGGAUGCCGGAGAAGGGGGACCAGCUGCUAGUGGUGCCCCUCCUGCCCACACACGAGUCAUGAUUUUCGUGCACUAUCGUGAUAGUGCUGAAGAGGUUGUGCGCGUCUUGAAAAGAAACGAGCUUAUUAGGCCUCAUGUUUUCGUCGGCCAGGCACAUUCCAGGGGAUCAGAAGGAAUGGAUCAGAAGAAGCAAUUAGACGUCGUUCAUAAAUUCAAAAUUGGCGUAUACAAUACGCUGGUUGCGACGUCUAUUGGAGAAGAAGGUCUGGACAUAGGCGAAGUCGACUUGAUAGUUUGUUAUGACUCUUCAGCAUCCCCAAUACGAAUGCUUCAACGGAUGGGACGUACCGGCAGAAAACGCACCGGAAACAUUGCGCUUUUGCUCAUGCGGGGCAAGGAGGAAAACUCAUUCGUUCAGGCCAAGGACAACUACGAGAAAAUGCAACAUAUGAUCGCGUCGGGGGCUUACUUCAACUACCACGAAGAUAAGUCGUUUCGGAUCGUGCCGAAGGAAAUUCAACCGGUUGUCGACAAGAAAGCUAUUGAGAUACCAGUGGAAAAUACACAGCCAGAUUUGCCAGAACCGCGGAAACGGGCAGCUCCACCAAAACGGCCACCUAAGAAAUUCCACAUGCCUGACGGCGUCCGUGCAGGGUUUGUUAGGGCGUCAAGACUUCAGGGUGAAACCAACUCUGAUGGCACUACCGAGGAAGAGGCUGCUUUCCAAGUUUCAAAACAGUCAAGGGCAGCUCAAUUGGUUGAACUUGAAGCUCUGCCUGAUCUGGAUGAAGUAUUGCUGAGUAACCGGGAGGAGACAGAGCUUAGCCAGAGAUAUCAGCAAGUUUCAGGCGGCGAUGAGGUGCAAGUUGUGAGUAUGCCCCGGCUGAAUGCCUAUCCAGCUCGACAAAGGAUCAGCUCUUAUACAAAGCUCCUGAAACAUGGCCAAGUCACGAAACGAACUGUUCGCCUACUUCAUAAAAUGCAUAGCAUUGGGAAAGAACAAGUCGAGCAGCUGGAGGAGAAUGUCCAUAUGGAGGAUCUCGAAGGCGACCCUAUCGAGCUUGACGGGCUUGCAGUCAAGCUCUCCCCAGAGCCCGAAGUCGAGGACGCACAAGCAUUUCCUUCUCAGAAGCAACUGAGCUCGCAGUCUCUUCGAAGAAAACAGCAUGGUUCAUAUCCGGGUUUACGGACGGAGCUUGUCUCUCUUGAAGCGGAAUCCUCCACCGAUGAGAGUGCCACGAGCGGUGCACAUCGCGGUCAAGGGCCAACCCAAGAAACAGAUACGGACAUGGAUGAUUUCAUUGUGCCUGACGAGGAAGACGUGAUGCCAGCUGAGUCGGCUGCGUCCUCCCCGCCCUCUGUUUUAGGCUCCUCCAAGCAUCCAUACUCUUCACCACGGCAGAUUCUCGGAUGCACAACAGCUGCAGACUCAGAGGAAGACCUUCCGGACAUUGACACACUGGUGAACUGCCCAACGGACGGAAGAGAUCCUUCUCCCAUUAGUUCAAUAAGUAAUGCGAAACUGUCGUCGAGCUCGCCGGUACGCAAUUUGCACAGAAACAAGAGAGCUCGACGCAAUAUUGUGGAUGACAGCGAGGACAGUGACGACUAGAUAUGGUUUUGGAUAUGGAUUAACAAGCAUGUCUUACGGCGUUUAAUGGGCAUUAUCAUUGACGGUUUAGGGUAUUAUCAUAAUUGAGGAUUAUUUAUUGGAGAGAUGGGAGAGUAUUAGACCUAUCUAGUACGUGUCACUUUUAUAAGACGCGAAUAUAUGAAAUUUAUCGAG